CGAAAUUAAAUCAGACGGCCACAAUAGAAAAAAAAAAAACAAAACAAAAACCCUAGCAACACACUAUUUCAUCCUUUCUUACAGCAAAGUGCAAACCCUAGCUUCUUCGUUUUCCUCCGCGGCUCCAUUUCUCGUUCCCUCAAUAUCAAAGUAAAAAUGAAGGUGGUCGCCGCUUACUUGCUCGCCGUACUCGGAGGAAACGCUUCCCCUUCCGCCGAUGACUUGAAGGUUAUUCUCGGAUCAGUUGGUGCUGAGGCUGAUGAUGAUAGGAUAGAGUUGCUAUUAUCCGAAGUUAAAGGCAAAGAUAUUACCGAGCUAAUUGCUAGUGGAAGGGAGAAGUUGGCUUCCGUUCCUUCUGGUGGUGGUGCUGUUGCGGUUGCCGCUCCUGCAGGUGGCGGUGGUGGUGCUGCACCUGCAGCCGAGGCCAAGAAAGAAGAGAAGGUCGAGGAGAAGGAAGAAUCUGACGAUGAUAUGGGUUUCAGCCUCUUCGAUUAAGCAAGCAAAGCAAAUAUCAAGGCUUUCUAGGGUCCUUCGUACGUAAGUUUUCAAUGUUUUGGAUUCUGUAGGUGGACAUGGUUUUAACUCUUCUCGGAUUUUGUUUGAGAAAGUUUUAGUUAAUGACAUUAACAUUUUGGUUAUAA